AUGGCAGAACUCGGGGGUGUUGUACGUUCGGUGCUUCAUCGGUCGGAACGAGAAGAAGUUCGACUACAUCAACCGUGUUGUCAAACGCUUCCGCUUUCGGUCUACGAGGUUCAAGCAAACAUCAGCGGUGCCGCGGUCGGCGCGGCGCACACAGAGGAGCGGACUUCAAUCUUGGUAAGGAGUGUGGAAGGCGACGACUACCCGCGGUACCAUUCAGCGAUCUCCGUUUGCAUCUCCGAUCGUCUCGCCGGCGUCAGCGAGAAUGCAGGGCGGAUCCAGCGGCAUCGUCUACGGCGGCCUCAAGUACCAGGCAAGCGACACCACCUUCUCGAAGCUUCUAGAACACUCUCCCGUGGCGCCCUCUUCCGUCUCCUUCCUCCUCAUCUUCUUUUUCCCCUCUUCCAGGCGCGGUGCAUCACCGACGUGCGCGCGGAUGCCGGUUCCACCACCUUCCUCGCCGGAACCCUCAGCCUCAAGGAGGAGAACGAGGUGCACCUGAUCCGGCUGCUGCCGGGGGAGAACGAGCUCGUGUGCGACGGGCUGUUCUACCAUCCCAACGAGAUCUGGGACCUCAAGUCCUGCCCCUUCGACCACAGGCUCUUCUCCACGGUCUACACGUCUGGCGAGGGUUAUGGCGCGUCCGUUUGGAAGAUCCCGGAGCUGUAUGGCCAGUCCAACUCACCGCAGCUUGAGCAGCUCUUCACGCUCGAUGACCACACGGACAAAAUAAGAUGUGUUCUCUGGUGGCCACUGGGGAAGCAUGAUAAGCUAAUUAGCAUCAAUGACAGAAACAUUUUUCUCUGGAACAUAGAUCCAUCAAAUAAAUCAGCCAAGGUGAUAUCACAGGGAUCUGCUGACAUGCUUCCCAAUUUACGUGGUGGAGCUUGGGAUCCACACAAUCACAACGCAGUUGCUACAAUAACUGAUUCGUCACUCCACUUCUGGGAUCUCCGUUCUAUGAAGAGAUCAAAUGCAAUUGAGCAUGCUCAUAUCCGGGAUGUGGAUUAUAACCCCAAGAAGCAAAACAUAAUUGCAACAGCAGAGGACGAAUUCGGAAUUCGCUUGUGGGAUCUCAGAAUGCUUAAGCAUCCUCUGAAGGAUCUCCCUGGACAUUCACAUUGGACAUGGGCUGUUCGGCACAAUCCUGAGUAUGAUGAGCUGAUUCUGAGUGCUGGAACGGAUUCAGCUGUCAAUUUAUGGUUGGCUAAAGUUGGCACUGAUGACUCUGGACCCGAAAGGUUUCUGUUACUCACAGAUUUGAUUAAUUUGUUUGAGGUUGUAAUUUUGAUGCCCCCAAUCUUAUUUUCGCAGCCCUUCUGGUUCGCCCACUAG